GCGGGGCGCCAAGAUGGCGUACCAGACGUUCCGGCAGGAGUACCUGCAGGUGCCGCCCGUGACGCGGGCCUACACCACGGCCUGCGUCCUCACCACCGCCGCCGUGCAAUUAGAGCUCAUCACGCCCUUCCAGCUGUACUUCAACCCCGAAUUAAUAUUUAAGCACUUUCAAGUAUGGAGGUUAAUCACAAACUACUUAUUUUUUGGACCAGUUGGCUUUAAUUUUUUAUUUAACAUGAUAUUUUUAUAUCGUUACUGCCGAAUGCUUGAAGAAGGCUCUUUUCGAGGUCGGACGGCAGAUUUUGUGUUUAUGUUCCUUUUUGGUGGACUUUUAAUGACUCUUUUUGGCUUGUUUGUAAACUUGGUUUUCUUGGGUCAGGCAUUCACAAUAAUGCUUGUGUAUGUAUGGAGCCGCAGGAAUCCCUAUGUCCGUAUGAACUUUUUUGGUCUUCUCAUCUUUCAAGCUCCAUUUCUACCUUGGGUGCUGAUGGGCUUUUCACUACUUUUGGGGAACUCCAUCAUUGUGGAUCUUCUGGGCAUUGCAGUUGGACAUAUAUAUUUUUUCCUAGAAGACGUCUUUCCCAAUCAGCCUGGUGGUGGGAGGCUUCUGAGAACACCAUCUGUCCUGAAAGCAAUAUUUGAUACACCAGAAGAUGAUCCUAACUACAAUCCCUUGCCAGAAGAGCGACCGGGAGGAUUUGCCUGGGGAGAAGGUCAGCGCCUUGGAGGCUAAUAGGUGGCCGUGCCAAAACCCAGCAAUAGCUGGGAGAGACUUAACUGAAGUACCAUAUCGGGGACUUUCUUAUUUCCUCGUCACAGAAAGGACACUUUUUGAAAGCUCUCUGGUUCUGAAUACAAGCACUUUAUGAAAUGGUGGUCUGAUCCAAGAAGCUUCCAAGCUGCCAGUGCCUUCCCUGGUGAGGGGAUGUUUUGCACUGGUAAUGAAAAUAUCAAUCUAGUGGAGCCAAAAAACUAAAACUGGAAACCAUUUCCUGUCAACCUUGGUUAAUAAGACCACGAGUACUUGUUCAAAGUGAUUUCUAAAGCUU